AUGAUAGGCAGAAAUGAAGCUUGUAGAGACUAUAAUAGAUGGUGUCCCCCUUCUAGAGGAAAAUUAAAAAUCAACAUUGAUGCUUCUAUUUUACCUAAUCAUAAUAUUGUUGGUAUUGCUCUAAUCAUAAGAGAUUUUACAGGGAGGAUGGUGGAAGCCUGGACGCUGGUAGAAAGAGUCAGAGAUGUCACCCAAGCUGAAGCAGUGGCAGUGCUUAAAGCUCUUCAGUGGAUUGUUCACUUGCAUAUUCAGCAGGUCAUAGUGGAAGGAGACAACAAAGAAGUCAUGGAAAGUGUCAAGGGGCCUCAAAUUACUACAAGAUGGGAGGAUGCCAAUAUUAUCAGAGAUUGUCAACAUCUAGUUAAGUGUCUAGGGAAUGUCCAAGUUUGUUUUAUAAAUAGGAAGUAUAACCAAGUAGCUGAUCUUCUUGCUAAGUUUGCCAGAAACAAUAAUUGUACUAGGAAAUGGAGUUCUGAGCUCCCCCAGUGUGUCGAGUCUAGAUUAGAAAGUGAAAGAAUAGUGAUGUAA